GUCAGCGCAGAGCCAGCGCCCCUGCACGACCCUCUUGGGCACGCGCGGCCGGCACGCGCCACAAACACGACGAGCGACGGUGUUGUGCUGUGGUUCUGUCGUUAGCGGUGUCGUGGACAUCACAGUUUCGACUGACCUGUGACGCCUGCUCAGGUCCAUAGACGGAUUGGGACGUUUGGAAGCCUCGAGACCUCGGCUGGAAAUCCGUCCACCUGUGUGUGUGUGUUCGCCCGGCAGAGACGGUGCCGCGUUUCGUUUGACUCGAUGAGGCUGACAGACCGAGUGGCCCACAUGUCGGACAACCAAAGCUGGAACUCGUCAGGCUCCGAAGAGGACCUGGACCCGGAGUCGGGCCAGCCGCACGUCGAGUUCAGCGGCGUCCUUAGCAAGUGGACCAAUUACAUCCAUGGCUGGCAGGACCGCUGGGUCGUGCUGAAAAACAACACUCUGAGUUACUACAAGUCCCAAGACGAGCGGGAGUACGGCUGCAGGGGGUCUCUGUGUCUCAGCAAAGCUGUCAUCACGCCCCAUGAAUUUGAUGAGUGUCGCCUGGACAUCAGCGUGAAUGACAGCGUGUGGUACUUACGGGCACAGGACCCAGAGCACCGGAACCAGUGGAUUGACUCCAUUGAGCUACACAGGGCCGAGUCCGGUUACGGCUCCGAGUCCAGCCUACGGCGCCAUGGCUCGAUGCUGUCACUCAUGUCGGCAGCAAGCAGUUACUCUGCCACCUCUGCAUCCUCCUUCAAGAAAGGACACAGUCUGCGUGAAAAGCUGGCCGAGAUGGAGACCUUCCGGGAUAUUCUUUGCAGACAGGUUGACACCCUGCAGAAAUACUUUGACGCCUGUGCUGAUGCUGUGUCCAAAGAUGAACUUCAACGGGACAAAGUUGUAGAAGACGAUGAAGACGACUUUCCUACCACUCGUCCUGAUGGGGAGUUUCUGCACAACAGCAAUGGCAGCAAAGAGAAACUGUUUUCCCCUCUGAAUUCCAAAGGAAUCAAUGGGAUAGAUUUCAAAGGGGAGGCCAUCACAUUCAAGGCAACGACAGCAGGCAUCCUCGCCACGCUGUCCCACUGCAUCGAGCUCAUGGUGAAAAGGGAGGAGAGCUGGCAGAAGAGACUGGACAAGGAGAUGGAGAAGAGGAGACGUGCAGAGGAGGCCUACAACACCGCUAUGUCAGAGUUGAAGAAGAAGUCUCACUUUGGUGGGCCAGAUUAUGAGGAAGGUCCAAACAGCCUCAUCAACGAAGAGGAGUUUUUCGAUGCCGUUGAAGCUGCCCUGGACAGACAAGACAAGAUCGAAGAGCAGUCCCAGACGGAGAAGUCCAGAGCGCACAGAGCCAGUCCAUUGCCUGCCGGAGAAACUUACUCUUUUGUCGACACUCACAGAUUUGCAGAGAAGGUGGAAGACAUGGUGAAGAACCACAUGACGUACUCCCUGCAAGACGUAGGCGGAGAUGCCAACUGGCAGCUGGUGGUGGAGGAGGGAGAGAUGAAGGUGUACCGAAGAGAGGUGGAGGAGAAUGGCAUUGUGCUGGACCCACUGAAGGCUACUCAUGCUGUAAAGGGAGUCACAGGCCAUGAGGUGUGCCUCUACUUCUGGGACACCGACGUGCGGAAUGACUGGGAAACAACCAUUGAAAACUUCAGUGUGGUGGAAACGUUGUCAGACAAUGCCAUCAUCAUCUAUCAGACACACAAGAGAGUGUGGCCAGCCUCCCAGAGAGAUGUCCUUUACUUGUCAGCGAUCCGUAAAAUUAUGGCCAGUAACGAGAAUGACCCAGACACGUGGCUGGUGUGCAACUUCUCUGUGGACCACGACAGUGCCCCUGUGACCAGUCGGUGUGUCCGUGCCAAAAUCAAUAUAGCCAUGAUCUGCCAGACCCUGGUCAGCCCACCUGAGGGCGACAAAGAGAUCAGCAGAGACAAUAUCCUCUGUAAAAUCACUUACGUUGCUAAUGUCAACCCAGGCGGAUGGGCUCCAGCCUCUGUGCUUCGAGCGGUAGCCAAGAGGGAAUACCCCAAGUUCCUCAAGCGAUUUACCUCCUAUGUUCAGGAGAAGACCGCUGGAAAGCCCAUACUUUUCUAGACCCAACAGGUACUUGAGCUGACGUCUGAGAGCUGCAAUCAAGACGUUCAGCACCAGUGUCUUUAAGUGCUGUGAGUUAGUGGCAGUUUUACAAAGCAAACAACGUCCAACGGAAAAUGCAACAGUAGCUUUUCUGACAACUCGCACCUAAGCACUGGCUGUUAUUAAUCAUUUCAUUAGAAUUUCAAACUGUUGAUGGAACUGAAGUUCCGGGCUGUAUUACACAACGCAUUUAGUCAAUUAUGGGCUUUCAGACCUGUGUGUGUUUUAUGUACACGUCGAGUGAGCUGUGGAGAGGGUGUGAAAGGUGUUUGCGGACACCAGGUGGUGUAGGAGGGAAGUGCAGUACCAGACCUGGCGGUGUGUUCUGCCAUUGAAGGACCUUCUACUUGAGCACUACCGCACCGCUCUUGGACUGCCCAGGGACCGUCCUCGGCACACAUUCCCGCACCAGGAAGGAGUAUGUCGUGCUCCAGCUGCUCGCUGCAGGUGUACCGUACUGAGUGCCUCGAAUGCACCUGUCGCUUUUUUUUUUUUUUUUUUUUUUUUUUUUGUUAGACUGUAAUGUGGAAAUCUAUGCGUGUAAAAUACAGUUUACCUAUUUCAGCAGCUGAAAGCAGAUUGACUAUUUUGCUUGUACCCCUUUGUAUAUGUCCUUUUCUUGGGGAAAGUUCUUGUUUAAUUUUAUUUUGAAUUUGCUGUGGAUAAUGGAUAAGCCCCAGUAGUGAUUUCCCUUAAUGCUGCUAAUUAAGAAAAAAUGAGUUGCUUUUCUCCUACACAAGUCAUGUUUGUAAAACUUGAGGGCUAUUAUUGACCAAUGACUAACUUUUUGUCCUUUUUUUAUUUUUUAUUUUUUUUUUAAACUCUUUCUCUCUGGUGAUGACCCUUGCUAAGUCUGAUGGAGAGCAAGAUGUGAAUGGGUUUUACUUUGGUCUUUUUUUCUAGAAAUUUCUAUAUUUCUAUAGUCUUAUUUGUAUAUAGGCUGCAAAGUUAUAUAAUUAUUGGAAAGUUUGGAGAAAUAUUUAAGAAUCUGAUAUUGGCAAUUUUUAAAUAUGAAAUCAUAAAACUGACGAUCAGCCAUAGUUUAUCUGAUGAAGCAAUAUGCAGUAUUUUUGUCACCGUAAGUCAUAUAGUGGUGUUUAGUAAAUGUGGGGUAUUUAAAAGCUACAAGGAGAAAUUUAUGGUAAAAAUUGGAUAACACAUUGGCAUCUGAAGUGUAUAGAAUUUAUCAUUCAGGUUAACAUGAGCACUGCUUGUUUGGUUUGUGUUUUCUCAGAUGUGUCUCAAGCUUUUUUUGUGACUGAUCCGCUUUCACAGGUAAAACAGUUUGAAAUCAGUAGAGAGAAGUGCUUCAGUCUUGAACCUCCCAUCGUGGGGCACAUGAUCUCUUGCUGGAUAAUUCAAGGAUGAAACUUUUUUUUUUUCCCCCCUCAAAUUUCAUUUUUUGAUAAGUACAUUUAUAUUGAGGAUUCUUUGCAGUGAGCCUUAUCAGUUAAUGUCUCAGCAGAAGCCUCAACUUAGGCUUUUCAUACCAGGAAUGAUUUUUACUGACUGCGCCAGAUAAAUUUUUUGAAAUGGACAUUCAAAAUUUGCAAUUUGAAUGUAAUUUAAUUUACAUGAAUGUGUUUCCAUGGAGCUUGAAGCUGCUCUGUUGCUCUAAUCACUGCAGUUGCCAGUGUCCUGCUGCCUGGGCUGAUGCUUUGGUAUCGGUGUUGGCUUCAAACCACAUUUUUGGUGGUAGCUGGUUUCAGACCCCCUGCACCUUCAUCUCUCACUGAAACCUCUGCCAUACUUGUGAGCCCCACUUCAGACAGUCCUCAAUUUGCACUCUGGAUUCUGAAUGACAUUUACCUGUUAAAGGUACUUGUGGCAGUAAGUAGGUGAUCAGUGUUUAUUAAAUCACCAACUGAAAUGUUAGAGACUUUCACAAUAAAUUACUUGAUAGAAAGAAAUGAAAUGAAAGCUUUAUGAAAAGGAUCUUUUUGUUCAGGGUUGCUCUUUUUCUGCAGUUUUUUUUUAAUUGUGCUGAUUUGUCUUAAAAUAAAACCAAAGACUUCUGUUUGAGUGUUAACUGUAAAUAUCCAUAUUUAAAUGUAUCAGAGCAGGUGAACUGAUAUUACUCGAAGAAUGUUUGUUCACUGAAAGGAAAGAAGCUGCUUUUCUAUUGUAUUCCUGUGUUCCCCCCUACCCCAACAGACCUAGAGGGAAUGUUCAAGCUGACUCUGCUUAUUCUGUUAAAUGAUUGAAAUAACCAUGGGGGAUGAGAUGAACUGAGAGUUUAGUUCUGUAAGGGUUAAGCGUAAUAGCGCGAGCAUCUGAAGCUGUGGCAGACAAACCAGCCCGCACCCUGCAUGCUGGUCAGAUGUGAUGCAGCAGAAGCCGAUUGGCUGACAGUCCCUCUGCCGACGGCAGUUCAUGGUGAUGUCACUUCAGGAGGGCCAAUGGGGCCAUUUCGCACCGUAGCGUUCGGCCCAUAUGGCAGCAUCUAUAGAAUAAACUGCUUUUUGCUCUCUGAUCCACAAUUCUUUGCUUUUU